AUGUACACUAUCAAUAAGGUGAUUCCAGGAAUUUUGAUUGGAAAUUACGAUGCAGCGUCCAACAUAGUAUUACUUCAGCAUCACCAAAUAACCCACAUAUUAAUUGUAGGAGAAGGCCUAGCACAGCGUUUUCCAAACCAAUACACUUAUAAGCAAAUCAACAUUUACGAUCUUGCGUCUUGCAACAUUCAUCAAUAUUUUGAAGAAUGCUCCGAAUUUAUUCAGAAUUGUGUAAAGCAAAAAGGAAAAAUCCUCAUUCAUUGUGACACUGGAAUUUCCAGAGCUCCAACUAUUUUAAUCGCAUAUUUGAUGAAGACAAAGAAUAUUGGAUUUACUCAAGCACUAGAAUUAUUAUACUAUUAUAAAUUAAUUUAAGUUAAAAUAUUUAAAAAUAAUGAUUAUACCCAUUAAUAAAUUUUAGCAUAUAGAAACUUCCUUGGAGUGGCGCUGCAAGCGCAGGCCACUCCAUGGGGAAUUCAUGGGUUGGUCGAACCAACGCACAGUUUUGGUUCGACCAACUCCUAUGUUGGUUAAACCAACACAGGAAUUCCACAUGGAGUGGCCUGCACUUGCAGCGCCACUCCAAGAAAAGAAGUAUAAAAAAGAAGCACCCAGAAGCACAGCCAAAUAAUGGGUUUGUCUCCCAGUUAGUGCAGUAUCAAAACACCCUUAAGACACAAUCUAAAAAGGACGGAAUGAGAAGUGAUACAUGCUCGUGUAUAUUGAUUUAG